AUGCUGCUCAACGCUUCCCACAAACUCACCUCGAGCGGUCUCCCGCCAGACUUGUUGGAUGCAUACGUUCGCUAUAAGCGAAGCACGCGCGGUCUACUCACUUGGUUUCAGCAGCGCAGCUCGACACCAGACAAGCCCAUCAAAAGCCUGACCAUCAAAGGCCUCGAAUCAUUGGCGCAGCAAGUCUCUGAGAAACUGGAGUCACUCCCUGAUAUUGUCCACUUCUACUUUCGAGAAGCCAUUGCAGAUAGGAACAGACUCAGCAAGCACUAUCGGACUGAAGUUGACGACACUGCCGACGACGACGAUACUGUUGGACAUGAACAUUUCACGACUCUCCUUGAGAAGAUCUACGGCGACCUUUGCGCCCGAUAUGGCGGCCCGAAAUCCCAGAAGAACGAAAAGCGUAGAUCACAGUCUCCAACAAGCCAAUCGCCCCAGCCGGUCAACCAGUACGAGGGCUUGAUGGUCGAGGAAGCCAAAGACCACGAAGGGCACGACAACAGAGACGCUGAGAUGCUGACUCACUGUACUGCACCUACGGCUGUCCCGUGUCACACCACUCGUAGAGAUACCAACAUCCACCUUGCCGACGAUGAGCUCGGUAAUGCGCUCGAGCGCAUCCAAGACAUCUCCACGUCAAUCGAUGGCUAUUGGGCCGCCGCUGGAAAGGGCAUGAUCUCGUUCGUGGUGGCCUCGUUUAUGACCAAUGCUGCUUUGGCGGCGCUCCGGCAGGUGGCGAACGAAUUGCUCCAGCAUGAUGAAAACCUCAGCAUUUCCGAGUUCUUGAGGGUCUGCAGCUCGUUCCGCAGCUCGUUCGAGGCCGAACUGCGCAAUCAAAAGAUCAUCGGCACCAAUACAUCGUUACUGAGCCGUCUUCAGCAUAUCGAACGGAACCUAUCCAACUGCCGCAAAGACGAUGACCUGUUCUCGCACGAUCCGUCGUGCGCCAGGUGCGGACAUAAUUUUGCCUCGCAGGUGCACUCGAUCGUCUUCAAGGGAGCGGGUGGAAGUCGAUUCAUCUCCUCUGCCAUGAUAGAAAACAUUGUGCAUUUGGUUUCAGGCGAGAUCAUACCACACAAUGCAAUCCUAAGAAGUACGCCUGUCUACUCGGACGUGGCGGCGGAUCUCGUUACAGACACAAACAAUCACAAGCAGUCUUGGGCGGCCGUUCUUGGGCUGAAUCUGUUGACCCAGAGUUACAGAGUCUACCUGCAUCAUGUUAAACAGCCGAAUUUGGUUCCGAAGAGCCGAAUAACUGCACUGAAGCUCGCACAGCAGGUUUGCUCCCAGGUUACAACACUGCUGCAGGACCAAACAUGCUUUCCGUGCCGCUGCUCUCAGACGCUUGGAUGGCACCUGCAGAGUAUGGCACUCGACCUUCAAUGCUAUGCGAGACACAACUGCUGGGACCUUGUUUUCCAGUCACCAUGGGUUGCUGGAAAUCAUGUCCUCGAGAUCCUCGACCUCUGCAACUACUACGGACAUUACCUGCUCAAGUACCGGCACUACGUGGGUGCGAUUGUGCACUCCUACAAUGCUCUCACCAACUUGGGCGGGCUUGACAAUUUGCCCCUGCUCGAGAAGAUCGGCAGCCAGUACCGGGAAACAUUGUUUCCCGGCGGCAACCUGCCAAAGAGCAAUUUUCACGCUUGUUGGGCACGGUACGUCGGGGCGAGGCUGAAGUUCAGGAAGAAUCACAAAGGGAAAAACACGCACGACAAUUGGUGUCUUGCCAUUCCAGCUCAUGCAGCAAAGAUGGCCGCCGGCAUCGGUAUCCCGGACCAUCGUCAAAGGGAUAGAGUCGGCUGCCUGCUCUUCAACAUCAAGCAGCAAGAGUACCACAUCAGUGACGCCCAGUGGGACGAGCUCAACGACUCGUAUGCGAAGGUACAGAGCAUGCGAAAGAACAAAUCCCAAGAAAUCUCUGCCAUGAAGAUGCCAACCUCGAGCGCUCAGAUGGAGAAGCAGAGACUCUUGCCUCUGGCUAUGACGACUCAGGGCUUGUUUGCUGGCUCUGGCAAGACAUUGCCCAAGGCUCGGGUGAACCUCUUUGCGGUGUUUGAGAGAUGUGUGCAGGUGGUCUCAACCAUAUCUGACAAAAUGCAUCAGGAAGAGCAUCUCGGCAAGGGUGACUACUGCAUUUGCUUCGCCAACGAGCUGUUGAACGCAGCAGAUCGCAUUGUUAAGGGCAGGCGGUUCGGGAAGCUUGCAGCGUGGAAGGAGCAUGAACGCAAGCUCGUCAAUGACACCAAGGACGCAAUUUUGGCGGCAUUUGGCAAUGUGAAAGAGGAAGAGCUGUUGUGGGAUGUUUGA